UGACAACAUUGACGAGAGUGUAGCAAUAAGCAUUGACGAGAGUGUACCAAUGGCGGUGCGAAACGAAAGGCUUGAAGCUUUGAAGGCGAGAUACGUCCCGACUCCAAAUAAUCAACAACAGGUCGGAGAUGGUGAUCUGAACAAAAUUAUGGAUCAUGCCCUUUAUAAUGCCACGAUAGAUGGGGAUGCCGACAAAUUCAUUGAUGCAUUAGAAGCUGUUUCUGAGUCGAGGAAACUAGCUUUGUCGCUAAUCUUCAAUUAAGUCACCCCCUCCGGGAAUUCAUUGCUUCAUGUAGCAGCAAGCUCUGGGAAAGAUGAUGUCGUGGAGCUCAUUCUCACUCAUUUUCCUUACCUCGUGACCCGGAAAAACUCCUCGGAUGAUACUCCACUCCAUGUCGCCGUUCAAGAUGGAUGGUUCAACGCGACAAGCAAGCUGAUUAAGCGGAGAAGAUACUCUGAAAUUAUAUACCGGAAUAACAAGGAUAAUAAAUCUCCGUUGUAUGUGGCAGCCGAAACCGGGGACAUGCAGAUUUUUUGGCUUCUCUUGGAAGGAUAUGCUCGAGAUGAAGAUUACGCAAUCAAGAUACAAGGCAUGUCGCCAGUUUUGGCCGCAUGCAAGGAGUGGGAAUGGAAACCAGGUAUAUUGGAAGAAAUUAUUGAUCGGCUUCCGAAGUUACUCCACGUGCGCGAUGAAAACGGGGGCACACCACUGCACUCUGCAGCAUUGGCUGGAAAUUGGAUGGCAGUGACGGUCCUGCUGAGGGCAUGCCCGUAUCUCGCCCUUCAAACGGACAAAGACGGCUCCUACCCGAUUCACAUCGCUUGCGAAGGCGGCGACUGCGUCACAAUUUCCGCAUUAAUUGACGACACGUGGUCCGACCUGGCCGAGAUAAAAAACAAUAAGGGUCAGAAUAUUCUUCACGUUGCAGCCAAGGCCGGGAACAAUGAAGCGGUCCGAUACAUACUCGGGGAAUGCCGCGAGCUUGUUAAGUUGAAAGAUGUCGAUGGUAACACACCCCUCCAUUUGGCAUCGAGGCACAACCAUUGCGAAGUUUUGCGCUCUUUGGUGAGUGAAAAAAGAAGUGACUUGGAGCUUAUGAACAAUGACAAAUUGACUGCCCUAGAUGUGGCCAUGGAACCCCAAAGUUUCUCAAGCAAAGACCCUGCGGUACAAGGACGUAAUAUUUUGAUUAAAGCUAGAGUACCGCGAAGCAAAGAUCGAGAUGUUCGGUCACCAAGAGAACAAAGUUCUAAAGCAAGCAAGCCAUCUCGCGCCAAAUGGAUCAAGGCCGAGAUGGACACUCAACUGCUAGUGGCCACACUUGUGGCUUCCGUCACAUUCACUGCGGGGGUCACCUUGCCUGGUGGAUAUAAUGCUUCCGAUGAUCGACACCCAGGAAUGGCAACCACGCUGCACAAAGGAGUGUUCCAGCUUUUCGUAAUUUGUGACGCGUUAGCCAUGUAUAACUCCAUCCUUGCGGUCGUAGUCCUCCUUGGGGGAAACGGUAGCGAUAUCCGCAUAGCAAAAAGAGCUUACACCAUUGCAGGGUCAUUAUUGCUCUGGGCUUUUAUCAGCAUGGCAGUGGCAUUUUUGGCAGCCAUAAUUGUGGCAGUGAGCAAACUUAUUUGGCUCAUGACGCUUGUUCUCUGCAUCGCAGUCCUUUACAUCGGGAUCCUCCUAGGCUAUUAUUAUCCCUUGAUAGGCCCACGCGGCAAGGUGUACCGUUAAAAUGGAUAUGCAAUCCCACAAUUAGUCCACAUGGACCGGCUUGUUUCGAUGAGCUACCAACUAUGGAAAUUCUUGCCAAUAGCCAUGCUUAUCAAUGACUAUUACUGUAACUGUUGAUAUACGAUAAUGAUUGAUCGACGAUAAUCACAACGAAUUCGGCUAAGUAUUGGAUAAAGUGAAGACAUUGAUCGAAUGAUAUCGAUUAAGCAAGACGAUGUUCAAGGAAUGUAGCCAUUUUCAUGGGCAUGAAAUUUGAGUGCAGUGGUAGUCGAGCUUAUAGCUAUUCGUAGAUAAGAGAGACGAGAUGACAAAACAAGAUAAUUGUGGUAAUUUGAAGACAAGAUUGAGGUGCGAUUUUCGAGGAGUAAACUGCCUAGAGAUAAGAUGGCAUGACAACGUGAAGAUGUGCAGCCGAAAAUCAUGGAGACAC